UAACGGGUUUCUGACUUUCUCACAGGUCCCAGGAGGGAGUGGGGAUCAAACGCGGUGUAUGGGCUUUGGCGGAGAAGCUCCUGAGCCUGCGCAGUCACACAGUGGAAGAGAGGCGGAGGGAAGGUUCCACGACGGAGACGAGCGGCCGAGGCCCUAGAGCCGUUAGAGGAACUGACUUCAUUUUGUCAGAUGGAAGAAGAGAGCCUGCUUUGAGUACCGCGCUCUGGCUUGGUUCACCCGAAGGGUCUCAGGUCCAGUUCCGACGCUGUAAAUCCUACACAAUGAGUUUUCAAAGAAUGGAGGAAAAUAUGAAACUUGCUACAACGGAAGACACCGUGGAGUACCGUCUGUUCCUGAUACCAGAUGAAGCAAAGGAUCCAGAAAAACACAAAGAGAUUCUUCAGAUGUAUAUUGAGAGAAUAAUGGCCCAGUUUGCCUGUAUUCUGGUCCCAUAUAUCUGGCAGAAUCAGCCUUUCAAUCUCAAAUAUAAACCUGGGAAAGGGGGUGUUCCUGCUCAUAUAUAUGGCAUAACAAAGUUUGGGGAUAGCAUUGAGGAUGAAUGGUUUAUUGUUUAUGUAGUGAAGCAGAUUACAAAGGACUUUCCAGAGUUAGUAGCAAG